AUAGUCUAUGGUUCACUUCCGUACGUCAAGCAAGCAAUACAGUCAUCAAAAUAAUUAAAUUCAAUAAUUCUGUACAGUACGUGCUAUGCGUAUCCGUCUCUAAAAUCAUUGUUUGUUAUAUUCUAAAAGUUGUAACUUACUUAUUAAGUAGUUGUUGUGCUUUUAAUUUCACAGUUGGAUUGUUUUUACUUUGAUCAUCUCUUCUUGCUUGAGUCUAAAUCAAAACAGGGUCAGUACUGAAGGGAUAUAUGGAUAUUAUGGCGAUGAUGCAGCCAAUUCAUUGAGUAACUCGCAUCGUGUAGUUUUUGUGAAACAGUGAAUCAUACUCAGAGCUGUCUUCCAACUAACGGAUUGGUUAAGUAACAUUCAGAAUCAGAAGCAACAUUUCGCAAUAGUCAUAGAAAAAGUGCAGCGGAAUCAAGUUUGAAUGCCUAUUGUGACGUAAACACGCCCAAACAAUAGAUUUGUUAUGGAGAUACGGCGUUUAAUUGCGUGAACCGACGUCGAGAUGUGGUCGGUGCUUAGCGUGUUGUUUGCUCUCGUGGCCAUUACCUAUGCGCUUCUGGAAGGCCCCAAUGUCUGCACCAGACAAGAGGCAUACACUACAACGAUACGUGUAUCAGACAAGCAACCAUAUCAGGUGAAAGAGUACACGUGGUGCUUCAAUGUUCCUCCAAAGUGUUCGAAGUAUAAGAUUAAGUUUCGGGAGGUGUUCAAGACUGAGACGCUGGUGAAAUAUAGGCCAGUGGAGGAGUGCUGUGCAGGAUACGCUCCCGACGCGGCGGGGGAGCAGUGUGUGCCUGUGUGCGUGGAGUCCUGCGUCCACGGCAAGUGUGUGGCGCCCAAUACAUGUGCGUGCGCGCAUGGCUACGGCGGGCCCGCCUGUGAUAUAUCAUGCCCAUAUGGUAAAUGGGGACGCAACUGUCAGAACGAGUGCAGUUGUCUAAACGGUGGUACUUGCGAGCCUCUGUCGGGCAAGUGCGCUUGCACCGCGGGCUGGCGCGGCGACGCCUGCGAGCGAGCCUGUGCACCCCCCACUUACGGAGAAAACUGUGACGAGAUCUGCCAGUGCAAGAAUAAUGGCACCUGUGAUCCGGCUUCUGGAGCCUGUAAUUGUCCUGAAGGAUACACUGGACCUUUAUGUGAAGAAAUUUGUCCGCCCGAUGAACCCUGUCCGGAGAGAUGUCGGUGCCAAAAUAAUGGAAUAUGUUCCUUGAUGGGCACGUGCGAAUGUCCUUCGGGAUGGACAGGCGAAGUUUGUGCCAAUAAGUGCCCAUCGGGUAGAUGGGGUCCCAAAUGUGAGAGAACUUGUGAAUGUGCUAACGGAGCUGGAUGUCACCAUGUCACCGGCAGAUGUCAGUGUGAAGCCGGAUUCACUGGAGAAAAGUGCCUGGAAAUAUGUCCAGUGGGUACCUGGGGAGUGGACUGUUCGCGGCAAUGCACCUGUGAACACAGCGGGGCAUGUUCUCCAAAAGACGGGUCGUGCAAAUGCAAGCCCGGUUGGACGGGCGACCGCUGUCAAAAGCGAGCCUGUCCACCCAGCAAAUGGGGAGCGAACUGCGAUCGGGACUGCGAGUGUAAUCCUGCUACUACUGAUAUGUGUGAUCCAUGGACGGGUACUUGCGAAUGUGCAGCGGGUUGGGGCGGCGAGACUUGCGAACGACAAUGUCCUCUACUGAUGUACGGCAAAGGAUGCGCCUUUACGUGUCGCUGUGAGAAUAGCGGACUUUGUUCACCUGUUAAUGGAUCAUGUCUCUGCGCACCCGGUUACCGCGGCCUGCGCUGCGAAGAAAUGUGUCCGUACCCGUACUACGGCGACAACUGUUCCGAUACGUGCGAUUGUUACAACAACGCGACUUGUAACCACGAAACCGGCUUGUGUGACUGCAAACCUGGGUACCAAGGUCUUAAGUGCGAUCGCCCCUGCAACGGUAAAACGUUUGGAUUGAACUGCCGGCAACCAUGCAAUUGUGAAAAUGAUGCUCCUUGUAAUCCUGUUAACGGCGAGUGUGUAUGCGGCGCGGGGUACACGGGUCCGCGCUGCGCUCGGCGCUGCCCGGCCGGCACGUUCGGCCACGCCUGCGCGCACACCUGCAACUGCACCGACCGCGCCGUCGGCUGCCACCACGUCACCGGACAGUGCAUCUGCGAUACUGCUUGGAGAGGUCUUUCUAGGAAAGGUGUAAGAUGCGAGACGCAAUGCGCGGAGGGUCGAUACGGCGAGCACUGUUCGGAGCGGUGUCCGUGCGGGAACAAUUCGUCGUGUGACGCGUCGAGCGGCCGGUGCGUGUGCGCGGCGGGGUGGACGGGCGUCGACUGCACAACGCCGUGCCCGCCCGGGUACUAUGGCGCUGGAUGUUCGCAAGUUUGUCCUGAGUCACCAGCUGGUAAUUCGUCGUGUGACCCGGUAACGGGUAUGUAUAGAUGCCCGAGCGGUUUUACGGGUGUGACGUGUGAAUACCCGUGCCCGCUUGGCACUUACGGCGUUGACUGCAAAGAGAAGUGCACUUGUAAAAAUGGCGCGGAUUGCCAUCAUGUUACUGGCGAGUGUCAGUGCCUGCCGGGCUGGCGCGGGCCGCGCUGCGAGACGGCGUGCAGCGCGGGGUGGUGGGGCGCGGCGUGCUCGCAGCCGUGCCGCUGCGCGCCGCACGCCGCCUGCCGCCCCAACGACGGCUACUGCCGCUGUCCGCCCGGCUACACCGGACACUACUGCACGCAGUUUUGUCCGGAGGGUUACUUCGGCGACCACUGCAUGCAGGCGUGCAACUGUUCGUCGGAGGGUAACUGGGUAUGCGAUCCCGUCGCCGGCUGCAUCUGUCACCGCGGCUUUGUAGGCGAACACUGUGACACACACGCUACCGAUGCCAUUGUCACUGAUAUGGAUCCUAGAAAUACCUCAAACUCUGGUCUAACCGUGGUAAUGGUAAUAUUAGCGUUCAUCUGCGCGGCGACAGCUAUCCUCGUGCUGCUGUACUAUCGCAAGCGAGUGCGGAACCUCAAGCGAGAGAUCGCGCACGUGCACUAUACUGCCGACCCUAACUCACAACCGGAACAACAACACUUCGACAAUCCAGUGUACUCAUACCAAGGUUCAGCGCGUAGUGAUGAUUCCACUACUUUACUUAACAACACCAUUCUCAAUAACUUGGGACCUGGAAGUAAACUUAAUAACGCUACUAUGGAGAAACUGAGGAUGAAGGCCUCUGGAUCUUCUGACAGUUACGAUCCAUUGUCGUCUAUGAAGAACAAAGAUGCGGACGCGAACAAUCCUAAUUUGUUCCAAUAUGAAGAAGAUGACAAUAAAUUGGACCAUGUGUACGAUGAGAUUAAACAUAAGGAGGGAUAUGAAAUGGAGUACGACCGUCUAAACUACACGCCGCCAGCGAACAAAUGGAAGCCUCACUACCAGCGAAUGACGAACGGAUUCUCCGUGUCCAACACCGCGGCCGCGCCGUCCCGCGACACCGUCACCCCGCCCAUACCGCCGCUACCCAAGCUCAACAUUGCACCUCUACCUCCUGCACCUCUGCCCCCUGCCCGGGACACUGACGCCCUCAACAUCCCUUCCCCGGACACUGACACCCUCGACAUCCCCGCGCCGCCCGCCCGGGAUGACGCGCCACUCACCCCGCUCACACCCAGCGACGAACAAAAUGAAACAACGCAACCUUGACUAAUGUGGACAACUUUGUAGAUAACUAGGUAAAGAUACCUAAAGUAUAGUCGACCAAUGUGCUUUACCACCUUAAAAAAAUCAUGAAAAAAAAAGUGUCAAAUGUGACUAUUGAGGUCACUUUUGUACUAACGGUGGUAAAGAAAUUGUAUUGGCGAUCUAACAUAACGACGAAAUCAAGAUUUAUUUUAUGAAAAGUUUUAUGUAAUUAAAGUAUUUUGAUAAUGAUCUUUUAAACGAUCGGUAGUUGUGUCUAUGUGGACGUAUUUUUAAGUGAUGUUAGGAGUGAUCUCGUAUACUCUUUUGCGAACCUUCAAUUCUACUAAAUAUACCUGAGUGACAGCCGUGGCUAAAAUCUUUGUCGUAGACAAUGACAAGAAUUAUGAAAUUCAUUAUCCUGUGCAUGCUCAGUUUAUUUUCUAGGGUUUAUUGGAAACACCAUCUUUAUAGUUUUCUAUCUCUUGUGCAGUGUUUCUUUGUUUGGUAAUGCAUGAAAUAAAUGUAGUUGAUGAUCUUAGAUCUCUAAUUUUGAUUUACAAUAAUACCCACCGCGUCGGUCCUGAUAACAUUUGCGCAUCUCAGUUCUUUGCAUAUUCAUUAUUUACCUAAACAACUCAACACCGAGACAGGAAAACUUGAUGUGUUUGUAUGAACGUAGGUUAAGGAUAUUUGUAUAGCAAUAUGUAAAACAGUAUUUAGUUUUAAUUAAGAACAAUCGUAAUUGUCUCGUGAUUAUGGCGACGAAGCGCAUGAUGUUUUGUGAAUGUAUGAAAUGGAAUGUUUUUAUAAAUUGCCAUAUAAUCGUAAACUUGAGGGGUCGUUAUUUUAUUAUCGUAACAUUAUCAUGGUUGUAUUAGACGUGUUCAAAUUUAAUUCAUAGAAUACGUAGUAAUAUUUUGGUAUUAGAGUUUUAUUCAUAACGUAGUAACAACAUAUCACGGACUUAUGAAUGUUUUCAAUGAUAUAAUAUAUGCUUUUGUUGCUUGCAUUUUGAUUAAGUUUAUUUUUUCAACUUAAAGGUAACCCCACCAAUUUAUCACAUUUUUAAAGCAACUGUAAAAUAUCAUGUACUGUGUUUCAUUAUUAUUGCUGAAUAUAACGCUUGAAAUAGUAAUAUAUAACUCUUUUAUGUGUCCUCAUUAUGUAUGUAAGUAAACCGUUAUCUUAAAUGCUUCUAACUGCAAAAUUAGCACUUGUUAUAUUAGCAGAAGAUAAAAUGUACAAUUAUUAGCAUGAAUUAUUAUUUAUGCACUGCGUUUAGCCCGUAGGCUGUAAGGAAAUGAAGUAUAAUAACGGUAGUCUGAUCCAACCUGUUUGGAAUGCUCACAUCAAUGUAAAUAUUAUUGUCACAGUAUUUCAUGUCAUAAGUUGCCAGUAAUUAAAUGUUGACAGCACUCUUGUGGAAUUUUACUCGAAUACUUUACAUUCCACUUGUGUACAAUGCCCUUUGUAUUGUUUUACAAAUUUUUAUUUACAAUGGUUUUAUUUUGAUACUUUAUUCUUUUUUAUGUACUGGAGCGUUAAUAUUUAUUUACCUGAUUAAUUUUAUUUAUUUAUUUCUAUACAGAUUUUGAAUGAUUAGUUUAUUAAAUUUAUAAUUACAAGAUGCCUUAUUUUAUUAAAGUUGCAGUAUAUUUUAAACCACAGAUUUUAUGACAUGUGAGUUUCAUACAUGAUAUUCGUUCAUACAAGGGAGACGUAUUAGAUUCGCAAUAUUGUCUCGUACAAAUGUGAUUCAAUCUUGUUUAUAGAUUAUACAGAGAAAUAGAGUAUAAAAAAUAUGAAAUAUUAACGAUAACUAAUUAUCUUAUGAAAAAUCGAAUCUGGUAAUAUUGCUCAAGUGCCAAAUUUUUGUAUUUUAUGAUAUUGGUGACAAAAUUUUAUGCGCAGCUGGUAAUACAUGUCACAUUGUGUGAUUUAUAGUGUGUACUUGAAUGGUAACAGAAAAAAUAGAUAUUACGUGAUUUAAAAAUCCGGCUAGUUGCGGUGACGUAUGUAGGUAUUACGCAUAAGCUAUUAUUGGUCAAAAAUCGUACUUACAUAAAAUGAUGUAAUAGUGGGCACUGUCGUCUUUUUUGUAUUUCUCAUACCUAUAAAAUACUCUGAUUACGAAUCUUGAUUGAAACUUUUACUAGCGAAUUAUAAAAAAAAAAUAACAUUGAUUGAUGUUUGGCCCCAACACUGUUGAGCGAAGCUUUAAACAAUUAAUAUUUAUGAAAAAUCGUGAGUGCCGUCAUAGAAAUGGCUAUUUGUAAUUGUCAGUAAAUAAAAAUAUCUGACAAUAAAACUUAUUUGUGUAACUUUUGCAUAACUAGAUAGGCUAAAUUAAUAUUUCUACUAAAUUAAUGUCAACAUUUAAGAUUGAUUUAUAGUAAAAAUCUGAAGCACUUUACAAGUGUUAUUUUAUCAUGGUAAGAAUUACGUUUGUGAUAUAUUGUAUUAAGCUACUCAAAAAAGCUAAAUAAAUGAACUUAUUAUUA